CGCCCAUGGAGUGCAAUCUGUGUCGCGUUUCUACUGCCGGGUGCAGCAAGUGCCACCUAUGUAGACAAUAGGGAAGCGAAGCAAACACACAGUCUCACGCACAAAGAUACACAACACUCGAAUUUGAGCAGAGUAUCCGGGAGCGGAGAAAGAACAGGGCUUUACUGAACAGCUUUUGUUUCGACAGGUUUUGCAACUGAACCCCCAACUAAAGAGACAAAGCAGUGAUGGAACAGUCCCUUUGAUUAACUAAACAGUGCACAAAGGCUGUGUGGAAUGGAUCAACGUCUCAGCAUCCUACUGUACACCUCUGUCAUAUAUUGGAAAGAAGUUAUUCAAUAAUGGACUAAGAGGUCAGUUUCAUGUUAUGUUUAACACCAGCCACCAAUGACUUCCAUGUUUACCAGAUCGUUUGGAACUUGGUCCAUCAAUUCGGCUUAGAAUGACAACAGCAAGAUAUAGGCCUACCUGGGACCUGGCACUGGAUCCCCUUGUGUCUUGUAAAUUGUGCCUUGGGGAAUAUCCAUUGGAGCAAAUGACAACGUUAACACAAUGUCAAUGUGUAUUCUGUACCCUGUGUCUGAAACAGUACGUGGAACUUUUAAUUAAAGAGGGCCUGGAAUCCUCAAUAAGUUGCCCCGAUGCUGCUUGCCCAAAGAGAGGUCAUCUACAGGAAAAUGAGAUUGAAUGUGUUGUUGCAGCAGAACUUAUGCAGAGAUAUAAAAGAUUGCAGUUUGAAAAAGAAGUGCUUUUGGAUCCAUGCCGAACCUGGUGCCCAUCCUCCACUUGCCAGUCUGUCUGCCAACUAAAGGAGGAAUUACAGAAGCCCCAGUUGGUACAGUGUGCAGCCUGUAACUUGGAGUUUUGCUCUCUUUGCAAAGCGAACUGGCACCCAGGGCAGGCUUGCCAAGAAAACCUGCCUGUUACCUCAUUUCUUCCUGGUGAAUCAAGCUCAUUCUUUGAAAAUGAUGAGGAGGACGAUGUUCCAAUCAAACGUUGCCCAAAGUGCAAAGUCUACAUUGAAAGAGAUGAAGGCUGUGCACAGAUGAUGUGCAAAAACUGCAAGCACGCCUUUUGCUGGUACUGUCUGGAAUCACUUGAUGACGACUUUCUAUUAAUUCAUUACGAUAAAGGACCUUGCCGUAACAAACUUGGUCACACUCGUGCCUCUGUCAUUUGGCACAGAACCCAGGUAGUUGGAAUAUUUGCAGGCUUUGGUCUUUUGCUGUUAGUAGCAUCACCUUUCCUCCUACUGGCCACACCAUUUGUUCUUUGCUGCAAGUGCAAAUGUAACAAAGGGGAUGAUGAUCCUUUACCCACAUAGACCUGAUGCUCAGAAACAGGACAACAAUAUUUAAUGAACAUUUUUGCUGUUUUAACUGCAAUUUUAAACUGUCUUAUUUUAGCCCAUCAUAUAUCCCAGUGCCAAAAUUUGCUUUCCAGGUUUCCACCAUUUAAUCACACUCCAGAAUCUGAGAGUGCCAUAAGUUAAAACGCAAAAUUUUAAACCCGGUUUCCCAGACAAAUUUAUUUAUUCAAAUUAAUGAACAGAAAUGUGAUACUCUGCACAAAGGCUCUGGAAUAUGAAUGGUAAGCUCAGAAAAGUUCUCAUUUAAAUGGUUUCAAAAAAGCAAUAUCCUUAACAAUGUACUGCUCUUCACUUAAGUACAAAACAUAGGUUAUAUGAAGGAUGGAAAAAAGUGCAAUGUUGUAUUAAACAGAAAAUGCACAGCAGCUGCUUCAGAUUUUGUAAAAGCAAAAGGCACACUAAUAAUUUAGACCUGAUGUCAGAUUAGAAGGUUGUAAUAAGUCAGGUCAUCUAUUUAUCAAAGUAGGUGCAUUCUUAUAUUGCAAAAAACACACACAUCUCUGACUGUAAAAGACCAAUAGUCUAGUUUACUGUAUAAAAGCCUUCAUAAGACAUUUUGUUGAUUUGAAUGAGACAUUUAAAUGUUUCUUAAUUAUUAGGUGAUUUACAGCUGCUUUUUACUUGAAUCCAUCUACAGUAUCUCCAUCUUUAUAUGUUUUUAUUUUUUAAUUUUCUAAUUGUGUAAAGGUGUGAGAAAUCUUAAUAGUUGCCUGCAAUAAAAGGCUGAAGUUUCCUGGUACUGUAGAGAUGUGUUUCAUGGCAAAUGUCAUGAAAAAUGGGGGAAGAACAUAUCAGCUCAUAUUCCCAAGACCUUCCUGCCCUUGGGGUGGGGGGGGGGAGGUGUUUGCAAGAGGGAAAUGGGAAUAAGAUGGGUAGCUCAGCCCUUGGGGCAGGCAGCCAAUUAAGACUAUAAUUUGAAGCUAUUUUCUCAAGAUGCAGGUAGGAUUUGGCAUCUCUACUGCCAACAUGAUAUAUGUCUUACCAUGUGGUCUCAGUUGAUAUUCUAGAUGUUGGACUUUUGUUACAUUUGUUCUCACUCCCUCUCGCUGCCUUAAUGGUUUCAUCCAAUGAUUUUGAGCCUGUUUCUCUCCUAAUCCAGUCCUUGUAAUUUACUAAUUUGUCUGUGGGCAAGAGUUGGAGGAGUGACUAUUAACUGGGAAAAGAAACUAAAGGGAAAGGGAGUGACGAGGACAAGAUUCCCAAUGGUUCACCAUUAGUUUUGAUGAACCAAAUGUUCUGGCACAGAAGAAUUGAUAAUAAAUAUGUUGCAAAAUAAAAAUCAAAUUGAAGAGCAAAAUCGAAUCAUUAAGUUAGGUGUUAUUAUCAAUCAGUUAUUUGCUAUCAAUUUCGCUGUAUAUUAACAUCACAUUGUGAUAUGUCUCUGCUGUCUAUCUCUACCUUACAAGCCAUUUUAUUAUAAUGGCCAAAACUAAUCUCUAUAAUGAUUUGUGUAGAACUAUGAGUUACAAUCACCAGCAAGAAAGAAGUCAAAGUCCUUUGUUUUUAUUAAGUACCGAAAGUGCAAUGGGCUAUUCAAACAUGUUGUGUUUGUGCCUUUUUCUCAAUUCAGUUGAGUCUUAGCAUUUUAUUUGUUGUCAUAUGAAAGAAUGGGAAGAUGUAGACAAGCAGUUAAUUUGUGAGGAAGUAUAAAUUAAGCUCAGCACCAGGUAAUUAAGGAGGUGAGGGACAGUUGCAAAGUAGAGUUGAAAUAUGAAACGGAAUGAAUGUUUGAAAGUCUUCAGGGGCAUCUGGCUUUAAUGUGUUGAAGCUUUAAAACCUGUCUUCACUUCCUGUCAAAACAGUUCUCCAAAAGAAUUCUUAUUUAGUAAUGUUCAAUUAAUCAUCCAGACGUGUGCACUAAGCAAGGUGACAUUGUGAAGACCAUUUGUUACAUUAUUUAUUUCCCUGCAUCUUUUUUUUGGGGGGGUGUGGGGUUCUCCACUAGGUGAGCCUUGACUCCGACUGUCACAAAGAUAGCCUUCACUUGAUCAGAUAGUCGGAUUGAUUGAUUACAUUCCCAGGGAUGGAAUGGCAUUUCACUUUGUUUCAGCCUAUUUAUUCCAUGAUGCAGACCAUGUUUUGGCCUUUGAUGCCAAAUGAUAAAAGACUGUUAAAAAUUACAGUGACACAAAAUACAUAUUUCAGUAGUUAUUAAAUACCUUUUGCAAGCAGAAGACAGCUAAUGCUCCUGCCUGUUGUGUUAUGUUAUGUAUUUGUAUUUUUUUUUGGUUCUACCCUCGACAGAAACUACCUAGUCUGACUGUUCUAUAAAGGGGCUAGAUAUUAUUUGCUUCCGCCAAGUGUAAAAUGAGGAGGGGGCCCCCAGUCUUGCACCUUUCCCUUCAACCGGGAGCUCACCUCACCCCCAUACUUAUGAAGGUUGACAUAUGUCAAAAUCAGCAAACCAGCUCCUGUAUGUGAAUAAAUAAGGGUUAAGUUCAGUUGACUCCAAUAUUAUCCUGACCAGAUGGUCAUGGGGCUGAUGUGGCAGGAAGUUGGGAGACGACAGUCCAUUUUUCUUUAGAGAAGUUUGUCAAAUGCAAGGAAGGAAGGAUGUAUAUGUCAAAGGCACCACACUCCUCCCAACCCCUACAGAAGAUAGUGCUGCUACUGUCCUCCCACAUAGCCUUGAAAAUCCACCCUUCCAAUCUCCCAAGCUGGCCAAAAUCUCUCCCAACGGCAUCCCCCGGUUUAUCUGGGUAGGGAUUACAUUGAACUGCCUUUUUAGGACAAGUUGCCACGAUCAAAGAGUGGGAGUUUCUCUCCCCGAGGGGUAAUUCUGCACUAAUUUAGCCCAUCCACAGAGUGAUAUGGCUGUGAUGCUCAUUCGUUCUCUGCUUCUCAGCUGGCUGCAAACGUUUUGACCCCAGGAUGGAUCAUCUGCUUCCCCUGUCAAUCUUUGACCAAGGCAUGGUACAAACCUAAUUUGAACCAGCCAAGUUAAGAAAGGCUGAUUUAAAUUAGCAUAUUAAAAAGGAUCAUAAUUUGAACCAAUCUUGAAGAUGUUUGUAUUUGUAUUUCGUGAUCUCAUUUCCUUCCGUAGAUUCCUGACAAAUAUUAUAAUAAUCCUUAAAAAAAAAGACAAAUUUUUAAAUCUAGUUUUAAAUCUCUCUCUCUCUCUCUAUCUAUCUAUCAAGGUAGAAUUGUAUAAGCCAAUAUCUUACAAAUAAGUUUUAUUUAUAUAAUUUCUUUGGCCUGAAAGUACUAAUGACACUAUAACCUCCAUUGUUGCCCAUGAACUGUCUUUAUACAACAGUUGUGAUUAUUGUUAUACAAUGUGAUCAAAUAUUGCAAUAACAAGUUGCAACACUUAAUUGGAGAAUCAUAAAAUACCUACAGUGUAGAAGCAGGCUAUGUGGCCAAUCAUGUCCACAUCGACCAUCCAAAGACCAUCCCAUCCAAAUUCAAAUCCUACCCCUGAAUUUCCCCAUUGCUAAUCCACCUAACCAACAUAUAUAUCAUUACAAAAAUGCAAAUACAGAAAAGCAAAAAAGUUAUUUAUGAAAGGAACAGGAUUGUGUAAAGCUAGAAAUCACAAUGUUUGGGAGAAAUUCAGCUUGUUCCAGUUUCUAACGUGGAAUGGGUAAUGUUAUCCGAACCUGUGCCUCAAUUUUUAAGAAAGUAGAAAGCAUUAGGAACCUAAUGGAGGCCUUGAGUCUAGCCCUGGUUAAAAUAUUGAUGAUGUAGGACAGCUAUAUGAACCAUGCAUGAGGACUUUAUGCCAUGAAUUUGAAUAAACACACUUGCAAUGGGGUCAAAUGUUGAGAGCUCAAUUUACAUAUACAAGGCCACAACUACUGUUCAUGUGAAUGCACUGCACAACACAGUACUCCAGAACAGGCCUCACUAAUGUCUUGUACAACCUCAACCUGACAUCCCAGUCCCUAUACUCAAAGGAGCACUGAACAAAAGUGUGCUAAACACCUUCUUAACCACCUUGUCUACGUGGGACACAAAUUUCAAAGAAUUAUGUACCUGAACCCCCAGGUGUCUCUGUUCUACAACACUAUCCAGAGUCCUACCAUCAAUUCUAUAGGUUGUGUCCUUGUUUGUAAUACCGAAAUGCAACACCUUUCAUUUAUCCAAAUUAAACUCUAGUCACCCUCUUAUAGAAACAAAAUUAUUAAACUGGAGACGAUUCAAAAGAUUUACUAGGGUUUUGCUAGGAAUGGAAGGUCUGAUAUGUAAAAACAGACUGGAUAGGCUAGGACCUUUUUCACUGCAACGUAGGAAGUUGAGGGCUGACUGUAUUAGGUUUAUAAAAUCAUGAGGGGCAUAGAUAAGGUAAGUGAUAAAGGGUCUUUCUCCCCAGGGUGGAGAUUUUCAAAACUAGGAAGCAUAUUUUUAAGGUAAGCGGAGAAAGAUUAGAAAGGACAUGAGGGGGAUCCUUAUCACCCAGUAAAUGGUUCAAGUGUGGAACGAACUGCCAGAGAAAGUGGUAGAUGCAGGUACAGUUACAAUGUUCAAAAGACAUUUGGAUAAGUCCAUGAAGAGGAAACGUUGGACAGAUAUGGGCCAAGGGCAGAUCGGUGGGGCUAGUUUAGUUUGGAAACAUGAUCAGUGUGGACUGGUUUGACCAAAGGGUCUAUUCUCCUGAUGUGUUUCCUGAUAUCUCUAUAACUGGAAAGCACCUGGGUUCCAGUUUAGCAGCUGCCACACUCCCAAGGAGGAUCACUCUCAAAGUUAACACAUCAAGAUCCACCCUUCCUGGCUUUAUGCCUGAAUAAGAAACAAGACGUGUUCAACUUCACCCUGUAGAGUCAUAAACAUGUUCCCCUCCCUCCCCCCAAAAUUGCAUCCUCCCAAUCUCCUUGGGUUUUAUAGUUGCAUGCUGUAGGGCUUUGGAGCGACAUAAAACUUGAAUUUAUAUUCCCAUUAAUUUGUAUCAAUUGGAAGUUGCUGAAACCUAACAUAUCUUAACUUGGUUAUCUGCCAGUAAGAAAAUCUGCUCAGCACAGCACUUCACCAAACCUCAGAUCAUAAAACUCAAAACACAAAGAAAAAAAAAUCACUGAAGAAAGAAGAUGUGUACAAAUGGCUGGCUGGGUUUUGACAGCAGCAUUGUAAGAAUCAGUUCUUUUCCAGUGCUUGGAAAAAAUAUAGGUUUUUUUCCUGAAAUCAAAAAAUAAAAGAAAUUGAGAAAGUCAACUUUUAAGUAGAUGUCUUCAGAUUGAUACAGUUGGAAAUCACAGUGAAGUGUUUGCAUUAUUGCUUGUCAAUAUAUUGCGAGUCUGAAAAUCCACCGUUGUGAGGGUGGACGUGAAGGAAGUGGGCUUAAGAAAUUUGCCAGGCCCCACUUGUUCAUUUAAUCAUCACUUCAAAAUCAGUGUGAUGGUCUGGACUCACCUUCAUUCAGCACCAGUGAAAAUAAUCCCUUUAUUUGUAGAAAAUACACUGGAGUUGCUGCUCAGUCAUCACAUAAAUCAGAUGAUUCAUUCCAUCUAUCCUGAUAUGCUUCCCUACUAUAAUUUUUAAAGCCUUUAGAAUUUUGAGAGAAUUCUCACCCAAAACAGGAACCUAUUGGAAAUUCUUCUAAUCAGCCUGUUCAUUGGUGUUAUUACAACCUACGGAGCAGGGAACUUAAACCCGAGCGUCCUGACUCAGAGGUAGGGACCACUUGAUUACCACUCUACAGUGAGAACCUUAGGAAACUAUUGGAGGAACUUGUGCAGGAUCUCAAAACCUGUGUGCAUUUACUCUGGAAAUGUCCUAUCUUGAAAGGGACAUAUGAUCUCAGAAAUUGUGUCCCUAUUUCAGACGUACAAUUUGCAGAACACAAGCAGACCAUUCAAUUCAACUGUCUAUUUCAUCUAAGCCUGUCAGCAAUAUUGCCUGUCCCUUUCUCUCUCUCUCCAAGUACUUAACUAUGCCUUUACUUCAAAAACAAGCCCCUGGCAUUACUGAGUUUUCUUUAGUCAUUAUGCUAAACGUAUUUUCUGUACACAUGGGUAAUAAACAAAUUGAUUUGUUGUGGAUUUUUUUUGUUUACAAUCUAAUAUUAAUAUUACUUUAGGGAAAAUGAGUACAAAGUUUGUCUGUGACAAACCACAUCAUUCAGCCUCAGUACUUUUUAAAAACAUUGACGUAUCUUACAUUGUUGAAAUUACCCAUUUUUCAUUUAUUUAAGUUCUAUAUAAUCAGUGCAGCAGAAUAGUAAUGCUUGUUUUGAGAAUGUUUAAUGAUUUCUUUGUGGCCUGUCGUUUAGUACUGAGAUGUUGCAAAACAAUGGGUUUUUUUGUGUGCGUCUUAAUGUCUUUUUAUAUUAACGAUAAGGAAUGUAUAAAUAAUUUCAGCUUAUUUUUCCUCCUUUCUGAGAUAUUUCCACGUGACUUAAACCCGGUCUCUCUUUCCAGUUUUGUAAUCUAAGUAUGUAAUCUAAAGGGGUCAGUUCUUAAUGCCUUAAAAUGUUUCUGUGAACUCCGUUAAUGUUAGCAGAGCCUGUAGAUAAAACCUAGAAUGCUAAUGCAGAGUAUUUGCCUAAUCUCAUAUGUUUGAAAAUCUUGUUAUCUCUGUCCUAUGUAUUGCUAAGCAUGGAAGAAACUUGUAUGUAAAUAGCUAAAUGUAUUCCUGCAUUUAAAAAAUAUAUAAUUGGUAUCUCAUUUUCUAAAAUAAAAGAAUGCAAGUACCUAUUA